AUGUACAGCCGAGCAUGUGCCAUCUUGCUGGCAAGAUGGAAGAUGAAGUGGGUGAAGCGACGCCUCAAGGUGUUGUUGACUCAGGAGCCUAGAUCACCAACAGCCAAACCACCGUCUAUAAAUACGAGGCCAAUACCUACUCCUUCAGCUCGCUCUCCUCCCACCAUCAACCCACACAAGCCAUUCAUCCCACACAGCCUUCUUUCGCUAUUCGAGCCAUACAAGCUCUCCUCCGCCAUCUGUGUCAACAUGCAGUUCCGGCUCGCAGCAUUGAUUGGUACAUUGAGCACCUUUUUGCUCAGUGGUACCGCCACCGCCUCGCCCGUCUUCAGUGACCACGCCAUGGCCAUGCAAGCCCGUCAAUCCACUCGAACUCUGGGCUUUAUAGGGUGUUCCAUGGCCGAGAACGUAGCUCAAGGCUAUGUUUCUGUCGGGGGGAGGCGCCUAUGGGAGCCCUACGGAACCUCUGGCAUGGUUGUCCAAUCGUGGACAAACAGCAACUCCAACUCGUGGCGUCUCUUCGACCAACAGGCCGCUCGUUACGGCAAGCCCACUGCUGUAUGGGUACAGAUUUGCAUCUUUGCUCAACAGGGGGUAACCGACGACGAGGUUAAGCGUCUCAUUGCCAAUGCAAGACAGCACGCCGCCCCUGGAGCAGAGGUCUACAUCACGGGUCAACCCGUUUACGAAGGUGGCAACACCUGCUUCUUGGCCGGUAGCAAGGGUCCUGAGCUGACCGAGAGUUUGGCCAAGCGAGCGGCAGAGGAUCCCGAGCUGAAUGUCAAGUAUCCAGGGCAGUUUGUGCUGAAGCCAGGCGAGGUGGCGGAUGGGUGUCAUGCCAAUACUGCUGGGCAGCAGAGCUUGGGAAGACAGGCGCUGGCUUAUUGGGGCUGAAAUGUCCAUACAUGGGAAUGUCCAUAGGCAUUCCAAGUUAAGGCCGGAUCAUCAUGGGCUCCAGGUUACCGAAAGAGCCCAGUUGAUUUGGGGAGAAUGUCCGGGGACGGUGGUUCAUAAAAGACUAGAUUCUUCAUCCAAGUAUCUAGCCUGCUACUUCUUGCUAAGUACACUCAGGUAUAUCGAGUCAUUUCCCUCAGACUACCUAUUCGCACUGCGCUUUUCCAGCAAGUGAUUAUGAAGAUGCUAAGCUCGCGUGUUGUCUGUCAACGCACUGAAUUCGAG